AUGCGUCCCUGGACAUUUGCGUCCCUAGACAAAUGCGUCAUUGGGCAUUUGCCUCCCAAGACAAAUGUGUCCCUGGACAUUCGCGGCCCUAGGCAAAAGCGUCCCUGGAUAUUUGCAUCCUUAGACAAAUUACUCCCUGAACUGAUCAAAAUCUAUCUAUCUAUCUAUCUAUCUAUCUAUCUAUCUAUCUAUCUAUCUAUCAGUCUCUUAAUAUCUAUCUAUCCAUCUAGCUCAGUUUCUAUCUAUCUAUCUAUCUAUCUAUCUAUCUAUCUAUCUAUCUAUCUAUUCCUUCCUAUAUACUUAUCUAUUUUAUAUCUCUCAGUCUAUUCAUAUCUCUCAACUUAUUCAUAUCUAUUCAUCUAUCUAUCUAUCUAUCUAUCUAUCUAUCUAUCUAUCUAUCUAUUUCUAUCUAUCUAUCUAUCUAUCUAUCUAUCUAUCUAUCUAUCUAUCUAUCUAUUCCUUCCUAUAUACUUAUCUAUUUAUAUCUCUCUCAGUCUAUUCAUAUCUCUCAACUUAUUCAUAUAUCUAUCUAUCUAUCUAUCUAUCUAUCUAUCUAUCUAUCUAUCUAUCAGUCUCUUAAUAUCUAUCUAUCCAUCUAGCUCAGUUUCUAUCUAUCUAUCUAUCUAUCUAUCUAUCUAUCUAUCUAUUCCUUCCUAUAUACUUAUCUAUUUAUAUCUCUCAGUCUAUUCAUAUCGCUCAACUUAUUCAUAUCUAUCUAUCUAUCUAUCUAUCUAUCUAUCUAUCUAUCUAUCUAUCUAUCUAUCAGUCUCUUCAUAUCUAUCUAUCCAUCUAGCUCAGUUUCUAUCUAUCUAUCUAUCUAUCUAUCUAUCUAUCUAUCUAUCUAUCUAUCUAUCUAUCUAUCUAUUCCUUCCUAUAUACUUAUCUAUUUAUAUCUCUCAGUCUAUUCAUAUCUCUCAACUUAUUCAUAUCUAUCUAUCUAUCUAUCUAUCUAUCUAUCUAUCUAUCUAUCAUUUCUAUCUAUCUAUCUAUCUAUCUAUCUAUCUAUCUAUCUAUCUAUCUAUCUAUUCCUUCCUAUAUACUUAUCUAUUUAUAUCUCUCAGUCUAUUCAUAUCUCUCAACUUAUUCAUAUCUAUCUAUCUAUCUAUCUAUCUAUCUAUCUAUCUAUCUAUCUAUCUAUCAGUCUCUUCAUAUCUAUCUAUCCAUCUAGCUCAGUUUCUAUCUAUCUAUCUAUCUAUCUAUCUAUCUAUCUAUCUAUCUAUUCCUUCCUAUAUACUUAUCUAUUUAUAUCUCUCAGUCUAUUCAUAUCUCUCAACUUAUUCAUAUCUAUCUAUCUAUCUAUCUAUCUAUCUAUCUAUCUAUCUAUCUCAGUUUCAAUCUAUCUAUCUAUAUAUCUAUCUAUCUAUCUAUCUGUUCUCAUUUUCUAUCUAUCUAUCUAUCUAUCUAUCUAUCUAUCUAUCUAUCUAUCUAUCAAUCUAUCUCCCCGAUUCCCUAACUCAAUCUAUAUUCCUAUCUAUGUUAAUUUUCAAAACCUAUGUACCUUUUUCUCUCUAUCAACUCUGCCAUUGUCUCUCUCUAGCUAACAGUUCAUUUUCAAAAUCUCGCUGUCUUUCUUUCUGUCGCUGUCUCUCCGAAUGGCUAUACAUAAUUUCGUUAGCUAUCUCUCUCUGUUUCCUCCCUUAUCUAUCUAUCUAUCUAUCUAUCUAUCUAUCUAUCUAUCUAUCUAUCUAUCUAUCUUAA